CUCUCUUUCUCUCCAUGUCCGUAGCCAGGAAGCAUAUCUCUAUUUGCAACUAUUGGCUACCCUUUUGAGGACUUACAAAAGACAUCUUUAUUGAAAACUUUUUUUGCUGAUAGAAAUUCAACUCAAAUCACCAAGGUUUCCAGCUGUCAUUUUCAGGUGUUGGUGCUCUGUGGCUGUCAGGAUGCAGCAGUUGGUAUUGAAGGUCCUUUGCUCCACACUGCUGCUUCUAGCAGGAGUGUCAUCUGUAUACUCAGGAUCAGAUUGUUCUCAAGCCGAGUCAUGUGACCUGUGCGUUGGAGACUCCAUGCUCAACCUGACAGGCUGUGUCUGGAGGCUUUGUCCAGAUGGUAAUGAUACAGGCAUGUGCGUAACUGAUGAGGGCGACUCGGCAGACAACACCAUGAAUUGUAGCUGGACCAGAGUGUCUGAAUUGUGCACAGUUGUGGAGAAUGUGGCUGAGGGAGGAGGUGAAGGUGACUCAGGUAAUGACAGCAACAGCAGCUCAUCCCCAGAGUUCUCCCAGGCCAAGUUUGACAUGUCCAGUUUCAUCGGCGGCAUCAUACUGGUGCUGUGUCUGCAGGCAGGCGGUUUCCUCGCCAUGCGCUUUCUCAAAUCCAAAGAGCAGAGCAGCUAUGACCCCAUAGAGCAGCCACAAUGAAGACAAGAUGUGUGAAGGACAAGCAGAUGAGGGUGGAGGACAGCAGAGCAGUGACUCAUCGACUUGUGACGACAAGAUUUUUUUUUUUCUGAGCCCCUGUCAUUUUUGGUUUGGUCCCCGUGUGAAGCCCUGGGGGUUGGGUGUGUUUAUAAGAGGAUAUUUUUCUCAGAUUACUGCAUUGUGUAACGAGUGUCUGUGCAUGUGCUCACUAUGUAUAGCAGCAUAUUUAUUUCAGAGACAUUUUGACUGUUAGUCUUCAUACAAUCAGACAAAUGAGAAGCAAAAAGCCUCUGAUUGUUUCAGCGAUUCAAAACCCAACAUAAAUCUUCACUUCAACUAUUUUAACUAGUUAAAAGUUUGUCCUCUUGCAAACAACAGGCAACUGGCUGUAUCAAAUGAGCUGUUUCGACUGUGUAAACAGUGCAGUGCAGUUAUGGGAAAGGGUGAUAUAAUCCCAUGUAGACAGAAGGUCAGACAAGGUCAUUACUGGCAUUUAGAACUUUUUUCAAGAACACUGAAAUAGACCAAAAUGAGACUGUGGAGCUCGAUUUUGUGUCUACGAGUACUUCUGUGUGUCAUGUGGAGUUGUGAAACGUCCUAGUGUUUUAUUGAAACCAAAAAUUAAACUCUAUAUGUAUCUUAUAUCUAUUUUAUAUAUUAACUUGUAGUGUGUGAAAUUGCUUGUCUGGGUACCCCGAGGAGCCAUCUUGAGGAUUCCUAAAGGUCCCACUUUUGGGACCAUAGACUUAUUAGAAGCUGUAGACCUUCAAACUUCAUAAAGACCUGCAGUAUAGCUCUAGCACGUCACGACUUUGAUUUGUGUGUUUUUGUUUUGAAUGGUCAAUAGCUUGGAGACUUUUUUACAAGUUCAUUUUCAUGGAGGGGAUUGCUCAUAUUUAUAUGAGAUACAUAUCAGCUUUAACCCUUUAAUAACAGCUCAAAGAGAUGUGAUGUGGCCCUGUUUACUCGUGAUAAUACUGGAAAGGUUGGCUUUUAUGAAAUGUUUGGAUUUUUUUGUGAUGCCAUUUGAAUAAAUUAAUAAGGCUGUCUGUCUGAAUAAACAAAUAAUAAAUA